AUGAGUUCGGGUGAAGAACAAUCCCGUAUCAGGACACCGACGGAAGAAGGACUUUCUUUAUAUAUAAGUAACAAGGAACGCUAUGAAGGAAAAAUCAAUAGUAUAUGGUGUCGUCUCGUAUCUUAUACACAAGACAUUGAAGCAUGUCAAAGUGACAAAACGUCGCUGGAAAAUAUACAAACUGAUGCCCAUCACUUAUUUCAAGAAUACAAAGUAAGUGCGUUAGAAUUUCUGGAAUUUCUUGACAGACCAAACACCGAGCAAAGUAUUACGGACAAAGAAUGUUUUGAAAUAUCUUACCAGAGUAACAUUCACACAGUCGAGGAAAGGCUGCAAAAAAUUAAGGAGCUUUUACAAAAACUGACCGAAUCUGAUAAAUUAGAAACAAUAAGUCAGCAAUCGUCAAGAUCGUCCCUGAGUUCAAUCAUCGCACAGAAAAAGGCAAAGGCAGAAGAGGCUCGUGUGCGUGCUGACUACGCUAAAAAGGAAGCUGAAUUAAAGAGACAGAAGGCAGCUAUGAAAGAACGAAUAGCUGUACAGAACGCUGCUUUGGAAAAAGAAAACGCAGUGUUAGAAGCUGACCUUGAAAUUCUGGUUCAUACACGUGAGGUUGCCGCGACAGAGGCAGCCUUAGAAACACUCGAAAUAGAGGAAGUGAAAUCUAAGGAACUAUUAGAUAUUCCGUCAGUACCGAAAAAGGAACUAACUGAGAAUUAUGUUAAUGAACUCCCAACUGAAGGUCAUUUAAAUCCACGCGCUGUACCAUACAUUCCUCGUCAAACUGUGGCUACUGGUCAACCAACAUUCAUGACCUCUUACCCAGGCCAGGUAGGACACCCGUAUUCAUUUGUACAGCAGCCCAUACCGUUCCAGAGUGAAAAUGUAAGGCCAUUGCAAAAUACGCUAUCUCAAGAUCAAGUCAAGGCUACGGUCGACCAAAAUCGUGGACUAGCAACAGACUUUACUCGUUUUUUACUAAAGAAAGACCUACUGUUAUCUAGUCUGUGUUGUUUUACAGAUAAAGCAGAGAUGUACCCGUCUUGGAAAUCGAGUUUCAAGAAUGUUGUCCAAGAAAUCGGAGCAACCGCCACCGAGGAAAUUGAUAUGCUUGUGAAGUAUACCGGAGGUAUAUCUCAGAAGUACGUUCUCAGUCUGCGUGCAGCCCAUACACGAAACCCGGCUCUAGGACUUAAACGAAUCUGGGAACGCUUGGAUGAAAGAUACGGCAGUCCAGAAAUGAUUGACAGCGCUUUGAAAAAUAAAUUAUCGUCCUUUCCAAAACUUACCAACAAAGACUUUAAGAAACUGUAUGACCUCGCCGACAUCCUUGCAAAAAUUGAAGCUUUGAAGGAAGAGGACAUGUACGGGUCUAUGUUUUCGUAUUUUGACACAUCUAUCGGGAUUGGCCCAAUAGUUUGUAAACUACCAUAUAUGCUGCAAGAAAAGUGGACGACUGCAGCAUCCCAGUACAACAAAAGACAUCAUACACUACAUCCGCCAUUUACGACAUUCUGUGACUUUGUUCGAGAACAAAGCAAAAUAAGAAACAAUCCAGCACUCCAGUAUGAAUUGUCAACUGCAUCAACUGUGAGCCCAGCUGCUUCUCGACAGAAGCCUUCCGAGAAACCUGGAUUUCGGGUAACAGCACGGAAAACGGAUCUACAAGUUUCAAGCUCACCAGGAACAGUAUGCCCUAUACACAACACAGGGCACCCACUCAACACAUGUAGAUCAUUUCGCUCAAAGCCAAUAGCCAUAAGAAGAAAAAUUCUUAAAGACAAGGGAAUAUGCUUCAAAUGUUGUGCAGGCUUUCACAUGGCAGCCAAUUGUUCCACCGUCGUUUCGUGUGACAUUUGCAAAGCUAAAAAUCACCCCACAGCUCUUCAUGUAAUUCCAGAACAAAACAGAGGGCAGACAUCCCAUGGCGGGGAGCAGGCAGACCGCAAUCUUAUAAAUGGUCAACAGAGCACUGAAGUGAAACCAUACUGUACGCAAAUAUGUGGGGACUCAUUCUCCGGCAAAUCGUGCGCGAAAACAGUGUUAGUUCGCAUGUACUCACAAUGUGAACCAUCUAAAGAGACAAUUUGUUAUGCUAUGAUUGACGACCAAUCAAAUCAGUCUUUGGCAACACCAUCUCUCUGUGACUUUUUUAAGGAGAAUUGCACUCAGGAAUCAAUGUACCUGUUGUCUACCUGUGCAGGUCAAACACGUUGUUCAGGUAGAAAAUUAAAGAAUGUCACGAUUGAGUCAAUUGACGGCAAACAAAACUUCCGUCUACCACCCGCUCUUGAGUGCGACCAGAUUCCAGAUGUUAGAAACGAAAUACCAACCCCUGAUGUCGCCUCAUACUAUCCGCACUUGCAGGACAUCGCAUCACACAUACCUCCUUUGAAUCCCGAUGCAAAAAUAAUGCUUUUGAUUGGCAGAGAUCUGAUUGAGGCCCAUCACGUCCUUGAUCAACGAAUAGGACCGCCAAACUCUCCAUAUGCGCAGAAAUUGCCCCUUGGAUGGACAAUUAUAGGAGAAACUUGUCUUGGUAAGGUACAUCGUCCAAAAGCUGUUAACGUCUUGAAAACUAAUCUGACAGAUGAUGGCCGCGUUACGCUCUUCAAUCCCUGUAUCAACUCGUUUGCCAUACGGCAGGAAAAUCUACACCAACCUGUCAAACUCGGAAACAAUCUAUUCCUAAAGACGGAAUCUGAUGACAAGCCUGGACUAUCCACAGACGAUAGAACAUUCUUAAAGAUUAUGAAUGAAGGCUUCCACAAAAAUGAAGACGGUAACUGGUCAGCACCACUCCCGUUUCGCAAUCGGAAUUUCAAGAUUCCUAAUAACAGACCCCAAGCUAUAAAGAGAGCCAAAACUCUUGAGUCAAGCCUGAGUCGUGAUCAUGUGAAGAGAGAGCACUUCUUUGAAUUCAUGAGCGGUAUCUUUGACAAUGCACAUGCCGAAAAAGCACAACAAAUGCCAGAAGAGAGUGAGCGCUGGUAUCUACCAAUAUUUGGAGUUUACCAUCCUCGUAAGCCAAAUCAACUGCGUGCCGUAUUCGACUCUUCAGCUAAGUACGGAGGAGUAUCAUUGAAUGACAUACUUCUUACAGGCCCGGACCUCACUAAUAGUUUAUUGGGAAUUCUACUUCGAUUCCGUCGCGAAGCAGUAGCAAUCAUGGGGGACAUUCAACAGAUGUUCUACUGUUUCAAAGUAGAUGAAAAUCAUAGGGACUUUCUUCGUUUCCUUUGGUAUGAGGACAAUGACUUCAGCAAACCACUGAUAGAAUAUCGCAUGUGUGCACAUGUGUUUGGAAACAGCCCUUCACCAGCAAUCGCUACCUAUGGACUCCGUAAAACUGCCGAGAUCAGCAGAGAAAAUUAUGGUGAAGAUGUCAAAAAUUUCGUUUGCAGAGACUUUUAUGUAGAUGAUGGACUGACUUCAUUACCAACAUCUGACAUGGCAAUAGAUCUAAUGAAGAGGACACAGUCCGCACUACAAACGAUUGGGAAUCUCCGCCUACACAAAAUUGCUUCAAACUGUGAAGAAGUAAUGAGAGCAUUUGGGCCGUCUGAUCUAGCCAAGGACUUAAAAGACCUUGACCUGUCGAAUGAUUCGCUUCCUGUCCAGAGAAGUCUUGGACUCAACUGGGACAUUACGUCAGAUAGUUUUACCUUUAAACUCGCCAAUGAUAUCAAACCAUACACCAGACGAGGAAUAUUGUCAACAAUCAAUAGUGUGUAUGACCCAUUGGGUUUCCUUGCACCAGUCCUUAUUCGAGGCAAGCUUAUACUAAGAGAGUUAACAACGGGAAACGUUGAUUGGGAUGAAAUCUUACCUGAGUCUAAAUAUGAAGAAUGGGAAACUUGGAAAACCUCUUUACGCCAUUUGGAGAAGGUUACUAUCCCACGAAUGUGCAUUUCAAGGUCAUUUAGUGACACGGUAGAUAAGAAACUUCAUAUCUUCUCAGAUGCAUCAGUAAAAGCUAUCGCUGCUGUUGCGUACUUAACAUCAGACAGGCAUUCAAGCGUUGGAUUUGUCCUAGGAAAAGCCAAGGUCGCACCAACCCAUGGACACACCAUCCCAAGAUUAGAGUUAUGCGCAGCUGUGCUAGCCACGGAAAUUGGUCAGACAAUAUCUGAUAAUCUCGACAUUCCGCUUGAAAGUAUACAGUACCAUACUGACAGCAAGGUGGUUCUUGGAUACAUUUGCAAUGAGAAACGUAGAUUCUACACUUACGUCAGUAACAGAGUGGCAAAAAUCCGUCAAUUAUCUCAUUCGACACAAUGGACCUAUAUUCCCACAGACAAAAAUCCAGCGGACUUAGCUACCAGAUCUAUUUCAUCAUCGGAUUUGCAGCAAUGUUCCUGGUUGUUGGGUCCUAAACAUCUAUUCAGAGAAGAGCCAAAUGGGCAGAGAUUUGAACUUCAAAAUCCAGAGGAGAAUAAAGAAAUUCGACCCGAAAUAACUUGUGCUAAGUCAAUAGCAUUAAAGGAAUCUUUGCUUGGAACACAACGUUUUGAACGGUUUUCAUGCUGGAAGAGACUUGUGAACGCUAUUGCUUAUGUUAAACGAUUUCUUAGCGCCAAAAACAAUCUCCCAGAGAAAGACUGUCUUCAAACCGGAAAGGAGGCAGAAAACCUAAUCAUCAAGGAAGUCCAAAGUAAGAUGUUCCCUGAAGACAUUGAAUGCAUCAGCUUACACAAGAAGUUGCCAAAAGAAAGCAAAAUUGCAAAUUUCGACCCAUUCAUCGACGAAUAUGGAUUGAUGCGGGUAGGUGGGAGACUUCGUCAUGCAAAAAUACCAGCUGAUGAACGACAUCCAGUUAUAAUUCCAGGGAAACACCAUGUAGCAUUAUUGCUCAUUCGACAUUUUCAUGAGAAAAUAAAACAUCAGGGUAGACACUUUACCUCUGGUGCCAUACGAUCAGCUGGCUAUUGGGUAAUAGGUGAGAAGCGACUAGUAUCGUCAGUUCUCCAAAAGUGCGUUAUAUGCCGAAAACUACGGGGGCAGAACGAGCAUCAGAAGAUGGCAGGUUUGCCAGAAGAUCGAAUCACUCCUGGACCACCGUUUACCAAUGUUGGUAUUGACACCUUUGGGCCUUGGUCUAUCGUAACAAGAAAGACUCGUGGUGGAGCAGCAAACUCAAAACGCUGGGCCAUUAUCUUCACUUGCUUAACAACACGAGGCGUCCAUCUGGAAGUAGUUGAAGAUUUAAGUUCCACUUCUUUCAUCAAUGCUUUAAAACGAUUCAUUGCGAUUAGAGGGCCAAUUAAAAUAAUUCGCUCAGACUGUGGAACAAAUUUUGUAGGAACUGCAAAGGAGCUGAAGCUCGAUUGCUUUAAUGUAGGAGAUACCCAAGUGAAAACGUAUCUAAAUGACAACAAAGUUCAAUGGAUCUUCAAUGCCCCGCAUUCAUCUCAUAUGGGAGGAGUGUGGGAGAGAAUGAUUGGUGUCACCAGAAGAAUACUAGAUUCCAUGAUGUUACAACACUGCGGGGACCUUACCCAUGACGUUCUCGUAACUUUCCUAGCAGAAGUUUGCGCAAUUAUCAACUCUAGACCACUUUCCGCCGUGUCAUCAGAUCCAGAGGAUCCGUUCCCUUUAUGUCCGUCCUUGCUACUAACACAAAAACCAAACGUACUUCUGUCUCCAGACGUAUCAUUCGAAAUUAAGGACAUAUAUAAAUCGCAGUGGAAACGAGUACAAUACCUGGCAGACGUUUUCUGGAAGAAGUGGCGCGUAAGCUACCUACAAAGUUUACAGUCGCGUCAAAAAUGGUCGGACAACAGAAAGAAUGUAGCCAUUGGCGAUAUAGUGCUCUUCAAAGACUCUCAAUCGAAACGCACUGAGUGGCCUAUGGGACUUGUCACGAAAGUUUUCCCGAGUGUGGACGAAAAAGUGCGCAAGGUCGAGGUGCGCGUUUCGGGAAAACAUUCGACUCACGAGAAACCAGUGACUUACAUUCGUCCAGUAACUGAAUUGAUAGUUUUAAUUUCUAGUGAUGAGUAG